GGGGUGGGCGAUUGAUCGAGGGCUCCGCGCCCGAUGCCUCCCCUGGAGCGCCGUGCGGCCCCGCUGGGCUCCCCGCCGCUUUAGUGGCUUCCCAUGGGGGACCCGGCCGCCCCCGCGGAGAGCGGCAGCAGGCGUCGGUGGCGGCGGCGAAGGGGCAGGAGGCGGGAAGAAGAGCAGCAGCAGCAGCAGCAGCAGCAGCAGCGCCGAUGGAUCCGGAGGCGCCGAAGCUGUCGGUGUGGCUCUGCCAGGAGGAGAAGCUGAUCUCGGGCCUCUCGAAGCGCACCACUUGCGCGGAUGUGGUGCGGGCGCUGCUGGAGGACAGCCGGGCGGCGGCGGCGGGCGGGCGUCGGAGGGCCAGGCGCGGGGCCCCGGCGGCGCAGCAGCACGCAGAGCCGGAGCCUCUCCCCGCGGGGCCGCCCUCCUCCUCUUCCCUCUCCUCGUCGUCCUCCUCGCAGGAGCGCGUUGGCGGCGGCGUUGGCGGGGUGCCGCUCCUCUCGGGCCCGCCGGCCUCGUACUGCCUGGUGGAGAAGUGGCGCGGCUUCGAGCGCAUCCUGCCGGCUAAGACGCGCCUCCUGCGCCUGUGGGCGGCCUGGGGCCCCGAGCAGGAGAACGUGCGCUUCGUGCUGCUCCGGAGCGAGGCCUCGCUGCCCUCCGCCGGGCCCCGCAGCGCCGAGGCCAGGGUGGUGGCCAGCAAGGAGCGGCCUUGCCUUCGCCCCCGGGCCCACGCCACCCUCUCCCCGCCUCCCUCCGCCCCGCGCGCCCCCGGCCCGGCUCUGAACCACGAGCGGCAACGGCGCCUGGUCCGCAAGGCCUUCCGGAAGCUGGCCAAGCUCAACCGCCGCAAGGGGGGCUCCUCGCCGCCGCUCCGGCCCCCGCCGCCCCCCCAGGAAGGAGGAGGAGAAGAGGAAGGGCAAGGCGGGGAGGAAGAGGAAGAAGAAGCCUCGCCGUCGGGGGAACUGCCCCCUCCUGCCUCGCCUUCCCCUUCCUCGCCGGCGGAGCGGAUGGAGACGCUGGUGCACCUGGUCCUCUCGCAGGACCACACCAUCCGGCAGCAGCUCAAGCGCCUCCGCGACCUGGACCGCGAGAUCGACCGCUACGAGGCGCGCACCCACUUCGACCGCAUGCAGCGCCACGGGGUCAACUACGUGCAGGAGACCUACCUGGAAGGCGGCGAAGGGCCCGAAGGGGAGCAGGGCCCCCGGGAGGGCCCCCGGGAGCAGGAGAGCGCAGAACGGGAGGGAGAAGCCGAAGCCGCGCUGGCGCUGUACGAGCGUCGAUGCGCUCAAGUGGCGGCGGCGGUGGAGCAGCGCGGGCGGCAGGAGGCGCUGCUGGAGCGCCUGGCCCUGGAGAUCCAGGAGGAGCUCAACCAGCGCUGGAUGCGGCGGAGGAGGGACGAGCUCCGGGCCGCGCGGGGCCCCUUCGGAAGCCUCGCCCAGGACCCCGAGGGCGAGGAGGAGGGCGAGGCGGACGGAGAGACCACCGAGCUCACGGGAGUGGGCGGCGGGGAGCUGCCCGUGGAGCAGGAACGCCUCCGGACGCAGCUCAGCACCAGCCUCUACAUCGGGCUCAGGCUCAGCACCGACCUGGAGGCCGUCAAGGGCCAGCUGGAGGCCACGCGCCGCGCCUGCGAGCGGAAGGAGCGCCAGGCCCAGGCCCUGGCCCACACCCUCCAGGCCUUGGAGGCCGGAGCCCUGGCCGAGGAGGGGGGGGAGGACGAGGAGGAGGAGGACUCGCCCGAGCCGCCCCAGACGGCGGGGCCCGAGGCGUGGGACCAAGUGGGCACCCGGACUGUGGGCAAAGCCGGCCCCGAGGAGCACGAGGACGACGGCGAGGACUCCGACACGGGCCUCAGCUCCAUGCACAGCCAGGACUCGGACUCCGUGCCUGUCUGCGAGUCCCUCGUAUAGCACCACCCCCCCCCCCUUUGCAACAAUACAUCCCCCAGUUCCUGCCAUUUCUUGGGGCCUCUUGCUUCCUCCCCUCCCCUCGCUUCCAAAACAACCACCUAUUAGCCUUGCUGUGGUAUCAUUGCAGCGGAUUUGGGAUUGCUGGGCCCUGGAAGAUGCAAGGGGCAAGCCUCUCCCUGGAAGACAUUGGCGCCUAGCUAAAGGGCUGCUCUCCCCUCCCUAUAAAUAAAACAAGGAUGUAUAUAUGUAAAACAAGGGUCCUCAAACUUUUUAAACAGAGGGCCAGAUCACAGUCCCUUAAACUGUUGGAGAGCCGGAUUAUAAUUUGAAAAAAAGCAUGAACGAAUUCCUAUGCACACUGCACAUAUCUUAUUUGUAGUGCAAAAAAACACUUUAAAACAAUACAAUAAUUAAAAUUAAGAACAGUUUUAACAAAUAUAAACUUAUUAGCAUUUCAGUGGGAAGUGUGGGCCUGCUUUUGGCUGGUGAGAUAGGAUUGUUGUGAUUGUGCGCUUUCAAGUCAUUUCACACUUAGGUUGACCAUGAGUGAGGGCCAGGUAAAAGACCUUGGAGGGCCGUAUCUGGCCCCCGGGCCUUAUUUGAGGAUCCCUGACUUAAAGAAAUAGGCACCCUGAUUCCAAAGCUGGCACUUCCAGGGGACGGGCUUACCUUAUGUUAUAGCAGGCAUGGGCGAAAUUGGGCCCUCAGGGUGUUUUGGACUCCAACUCCCACCAUUCCUCACAGCCUCAGGCCCCUUCUUUUCCCCCUUCAGCCACUUAAGGAUGUUAGAAUGUUGAGGCUGGCCAAUCAGCCUCAACAUUCCAUAUGCAAAUUAGUAGGUCAAGCUAGCUCAUUCAUGAGCAAAUUGGGGCCCUCCCUCCAGGUGUUUUGGACUCCAACUCCCACAAUUCCUCACAGCCUCAGACCCCUUCCUUUCCCCCCUCAGCUGCUUAAGCGGCUUAGGGGGAAAAGUAAAGGGCCCGAGACUGUGAGGAAUAGUGAGAGUUGAAGUCCAAAACACAUGGAGGGAGGACCCAAGUUCGCCCAUGCCUGUGUUAUAGCCAUUUCAAGGAAAGACUUUGGGUCUUAAUUGUGACUUCAACACUGAAAUAUGUUCAAGCUAGCCAGCAAUGGGUGGAUCUUUGUCUACUAUUGUUAAAGGGUGGAGUAUUUGCAUUUCACUCCAUUUUGGAACAAUGCGUUUCCUUCCAUCCCCUUUUAUUUCAUAUCAGAAGAUUUUUAUUUUUGAAUCCUUCUAAUCCUUGAGUGCUUCCUUUUUUAGAGUUUGUUUAAUCUGUUUUCUGGUUGAAACACAACUGGUGCCACCUUGAGAUUCCAUCCCCUUCCCCCCAUAAUUUAAAGGCAAUUAAUUGCCUAGGAAAUUGUUUGGUCCAGAGAAUGAAAUUGCUCCUCUGAGAAGAAAUAAAACAAAACCAUGGACAACA